AUGAUGAGUUCUACAGAUACGUUCAAUGUUACAGGAGGUAUAAGUCUCAAGAUGGUGCGAGUGUCAGUGCCACAGUACACUCUGAGAGGAGACCCUGUGGAGUUGCUCUAUACGUUCAAUGUUACAGGAGGUAUAAGUCUCAAGAUGGUGCGAGUGUCAGUGCCACAGUACACUCUGAGAGGAGACCCUGUGGAGUUGCUCUGUGAGUUUGAUCUUCAAGGAGACAGACUAUACUCUGUGUCCUGGUACAAGGACCAUGAUGAGUUCUACAGAUACGUUCCGAGAGGCAAUCCUCCCCAACACACGUACUAUAUAGACGGAAUAAAUGUCGAUCACCACAAGUCGGAUGCCCAGAAGGUAGUUAUAAGGAACGUGCCCCUGAGGUCCAGUGGUAUGUACAGAUGUGAAGUGUCUGCAGAAGCCCCAGCAUUCUCCUCAGUGCAUGGCGAGUCCAGGAUGAAUGUAGUAGCUCUGCCCCAGGACGGCCCUGAGAUCACAGGAGAAGAGCGCAACUACCAAAUCGGAGACGAGAUCAACCUUAACUGUACUUCUGCCAAGUCGUUUCCUCCUGCUAGACUGCGCUGGUAUGUCAACGACGAGCUGGUGGGGCCAGACUACGAGGCGGUAGUGCAGCAGCACGGGCUGAUGACUUCCACCGCAGGUCUGAGGUUCCAGGUGGGACCUGAACACUUCCACAAGGGCCGCCUCCAGGUCAGGUGUGUAGCGACCAUCUCCACCUCCACCGCCACCCCCACGGUCCCGGCACCCGCCCCCGUGCUACAACAUCAGCGUCUAUCCGCCUCCGGGCCUCCGCCAGCUCUGGACUACAACAGGGAGGCUCUGUUUUUCGUGAAAGGAGUCUCCAGCACUACAAGGUCGAGUGUGACAUUUCUGCUCAUGGUGACGUCAUUCUUUCUACUGGUCACGUGAUUAGAACUUGUUACGUAGCUUAUGUAAAUUGGUUCCCUUUGUACUAAAAGUAAUGAUUGGUUUCAGCUAAAAUAUGCAAAAGCUAUUGAUCUAUUUAACUGGUUAACAUUUUACAAUGGCGAAUCUUAAAGACUUAAUAAAGCUGUAAAUAAUAACUGUAAAAUAUAUAAAUAUGUACUUGCUCUUAGCUUAGUUAGAGUAGAUUUGUAAGUGGUUUAAUGAGUCAAUGAUCUUGUAUAUAAAUAGGUUUUUUUAAUACAAUGACGAAUUUCAUUGAAAGUACUAAGCAGCCCACUAUUGCUAUACUUUACAAAACAUUAUUUAGUAGGAGGUACAGUAACAUUUUAAAACAUAAUGCAUUUAAGUCCAUACAAAGCUUUAUAAAAUAUUUAAGAAGUCCGGAUUCAAUAUGUUCAUUUAAUGUCCCCAAAUUAAUCUCCAAAGUCCAUUAAAUAUACUGUCAGUAAGUAUUACAAUCCUACUAUUAUUAAGGGACAAAAUAUCUAAUAUUAAAAACCAAGUAGGCUGCAACUAACUGCAUUGAAAAAAGUAUAAAUUCAAUCAUUGAAUAUUUAUGGCAUGAAAAUUAAAAAUUGUAAUAAUCAUUAAAUAUUUAAAUAAUCAAUGAAUGGGGAAAAUUAUUGAAUAAAUAGUCUAAAUAAAAAUACUUUAUAUCCAAAAUCUAUAUUAAACACAAAUAAUUUCAGUACUUCUGUGUUUUCUAAUUGUUUAUUAUACGUCUGGUAAAACUGCCAGCAUUACCUAUAUAACAAAUUAACAUUUCUUUGGGCAUUAUGAACUUUUAAAAUGCAUACAUAGGCCUAAAUGUAGCUAUUACUUGUCAAAUUUUAUUAAAUGUAAUGUUAUUGAUAAAGUGAAAACAUUAAGCGUAAAAAUAUAAUAAGCCUAAAAUAAGGUAUAUAAUCAUUCCUUCAACGCUACAUUAUACAUGCUAUGACACCUGUAACUACUAAAUUAUUGAAACUAAACUGUGUCAAAAAUUGAUUAAAAUAAAUAGAAGGAAAUCAUAUUCAACAAAUGAUAGUUGAGGUGUAAAACAGUAAAAAAAUGUUUCUUCCAAUAAAGUAAUCCUUUUAGCCUAUAGAUAUUUUAACAAAUACCUUAGUGUGGAAAAAUGCCUUUAAUUAUUAAAGGUAUAGGAAUUUUUGUCCGUUACUAUGUUGAUAAGUUACUUUAAAAAGCACAUUACUUUAUGUAUAAUACACAUAAUUAUACAAUUUGUUACUUUUAAGAUGUCGGAUAACAUAUUAAGCAAAAUAAUCGGCCUCACUUUAGAUGAUGUGUAAAUGCUUCUGCAAAGCCUCUGUAUCUUUCUUUAGCUUCACUGCGUAAUU